AUGAUGCUAUCCAAUCAGCUCACAGCAUGGGCUCUUUUUCUACUCUGUAUUACCCUAUCCUCCGCAAACCCGAUUAGAAGAGCCGGAGACAGAUUGAGACAGGUCAGGGGAGUGGCCAUCGAGGACUUUAUAGUUACAAAAUUGCCUGGGCUCUUUGAGAAUGUCGCCGAGGCAGAUAUUCCCGAGAUGUACGCUGGCCAGUUGCCGCUAGACGACGCGGGCGACAACCAUUACUUCUUCUGGAAGUUUGUAGACACGGAAAAGGUUCCGGACGCGGAAAACAAAACGAUUUUCUGGUUCAACGGUGGCCCCGGAUGUUCCUCCAUGGACGGCGCGCUCAUGGAAAUCGGACCGCUCCGUGUGGAUAGUAACUUAGAAGUCGUUUACAACAAUGGUUCCUGGCACAAACUAGCCGAUUUGGUGUUUGUUGACCAGCCGGUGGGAACUGGUUUCAGUUAUGGCGCCACAUUUGAUGGCGACAUGGACGAAGUUCUGGGCCAUUUCAUGGAGUUCAUUGACAAGUACUUCGAGUUGUUUCCCGAAGACAUUGCAAACGAGGUGAUCAUCGCAGGCGAGAGCUAUGCCGGCCAAUAUAUUCCAUACUUCGCUUCUAACAUUUUAACCCGGAACGAUGCCAUCGACGCUAAUAAGACGGAAGCACUCCGCAUCAAUUUGAAAGGUCUCAUGAUUGGCAAUGGUGCUAUCGGCGGCGAUAUCCAAAGCUUAGGCUUUGUCCCAUUUGUCAUGAAGCAUGACCUCAUGGACAAAAACGAUUCCAACUGGCCGGAACUUCUCCAGCUUCACGAGGAGUGUCAAAAUCAGAUCAACAGAGCGACAGCUGAUGGUCUUAUUCUGAACGGAUACCAGCCCUGCGAACAAAUUCUUUCAUAUAUUCUUGCGGCCACGCGUGAUGACCUGGCACCCAAGGAUGCGCAAUGCUUGAACAUGUACGACUUUACUUUGAGAGACUCGUAUCCAUCCUGUGGAAUGAACUGGCCUCCGAUCUUACCUUAUGUGACCGACUUUUUAGGAGAAGAAGAGGUCAGAGAAGAUAUUCACAUCAUUGAACUGCCCAAGUGGAAAGAGUGCAAUAACAUGGUGCACACGGUAUUGGUGCAUGGAGACUCUGAGCCAUCAAGCACAUUAUUGCCGUUCAUCCUCGAAAGAAUUGAAGUGCUCCUCUUUUGGGGUGAGAGCGAUAUCAUUUGCAAUACCAUUGGUGGCGAAAUGAUGGUUCAACACCUCCAAUGGGGCGGCCAGAAAGGAUACUCACCAGAUGCAAUCGAAUACGAUUGGGUUCAAGACUCCGAGUUGGUAGGAUCGUACAAGACCGAGCGGAACCUUACAUUCGUCAAGGUGUUGAAUGCCUCACACAUGGUUGCAUUUGAUCUUCCCGAGGUCUCGCGCGGCCUUAUUAAUCUUUUCAUGAAGCGUUUUACCAUGGGAGAUGACAAUACCAAACCCACACUCGAAACCAAUGGCUUGAUUGGCACUGCUGAGGCACCAGAAACUCCAGCUACUAAUCAAAGUGCACAAAUUUCUCACGAAAGCCAAGGGUUACAAGAAGCAAAACCCCCUACCACUUCUAAGAUAGUGCGUCUCAUACAACUCGUUGUGAUCAUUGUGAUCAUAUGGGCUCUCUGCGCGUUGUAUUCCAAGUACAAAUCGGGCCCAGUUUCGAUUAUCAAAACAGAUGCCUCUCAGUCUUCGGGUAUAAAGAAGAAUGUCCAAUGGGCAGAAGAUUUGGAGAAUGAAAUCUCCGAGGAGCUUCCUAAUAGAGAUGAUAGUUUCAUCGCCAGAGCGUACAAUUUAAUCCGCAAACUGGACUCAAAGACACAAUAUGCUCCAGUGAAUGGAAGUGAAAUUGAAUUGAGCGAAGGUUUAAGAAUUAAUGACGAAUUCAUUAUUGCAAGUGAUGAUGAAGAAGAGCACCACGCGAAGAAGUAG